GGAUACGGAAAGCGCAGUAGCGCACAUUUCAGGAUUUCUUUAAAUCAGGAGAAAAUACCAGUGGGAGGCGGGGCUAUGUUCACCGCAGUCACUACACCGUCCGAGCGCUCCUUAGAAAUAGAUCCACUGAGCAGAGCGAGCAACAGGCGCCUCACUGCGGGGAAAUGAAACACGUUUCAGGUCUCCAACAUACAGACGAGUCGCACAGAGCCGUGGACCUCUUCUUGACUCGAGUUUUCCCACUUUCUCAGCCUGACAUCACGCGCCGCACAGGAUCAUGUCCCCAUCUCGCGCUCAGUUACCGCUGCCUCUUUGGAACGAAGUUGAGUGAAAGAGAAAGUCCCCACUGAAAUUGAUCCUGCGCACUUGUUGUGUUCCUACUCAGGCUGUACCCGUGGAGAUGUUGUUAUAAUCUUCUUUCUUUUGAGUUGUUGUAGUUUUUCCUCUACAUUCAUUCGAGCUAUGUGGAUUUUGUUUUUGAUCACUCUGGCACUCAGGUCAGAUGUAGGGCGGUCGGUGGAGAUGUUUCGCACAGGUGUGGCCCCUCGCUGUGAGAGCCGAGCCUGUAACCCACGCAUGGGAAAUCUUGCCCUUGGUCGCAGGGUCCUAACACAGACUGUAUGUGGAAACAAUGGCACAGAACAGUACUGCUCCUAUGCUGAUCCUAACAUCAACUUGGCCUGCAGCAGUGCCAAGUGUGCCAAGUGUAACGCUGGACUACCCUUCCUAUCACACCUAGCAGGAGCCAUGUCCGAUUCAUCUUUCCGGCACCCUAACACAUGGUGGCAGUCAGCAGAAGGUGUGGAGUCGGAAACAGUGCAGCUAAACUUGGAAGCUGAGUUUUAUUUCACACACCUGAUCUUGGUGUUUAAAUCUACACGCCCCGCUGCCAUGAUGCUGGAGCGCUCACAGGACUUUGGGAAAACAUGGAAGAUGCUGCAGUAUUACGCCUCCAACUGUAGUGCUGCCUUUGGUAUGGAAGAAGAGAAGGCAGCAGUGGGCCGUGAUGGGGCCACAUGCACUUCCAAAUACUCUGGGGCUUUUCCCUGUCACCGUGGAGAGGUGAUUUACCGGACCCUUCCUAAGUGGGAGUCUGUGGAUCCUUUCGGGCUGGAAGGCCAGCAGCAGUUGAGAGUAACCAAUAUCCGAAUUCGAUUGUUGAAGCAUCAGUCGUGUCCCUGCCAGGCCAAAGACCCAGCCUCUGCUCAGAGAUCUCUCCCGACGCAGCACUUUGCCAUUUAUGACCUGAUAGUGAAGGGAAGCUGUUUCUGUAAUGGCCAUGCUGAACAGUGUGUCCCUGCUACAGGCUACCAGCCUGUGAAAGACCGCACCAACCACGUGGUUCACGGAAAGUGUGUAUGCAGACACAACACAGCAGGUGAACACUGUGAGCUGUGUGCCCCCCUCUACAAUGACCGGCCAUGGCAGCCUGCUGAUGGAAUUACUGGAGCACCACAUGAAUGUCAAAAGUGUAAAUGCAACGGCCAUGCCCAAAGCUGCUUUUUUGACUGGUCAGUGUGGCGUGAGACUGGCCAGCGCAGUGGGGGUGUGUGCCACUGUCUUCACAACACAGAGGGUCGUCAAUGUGACAAGUGUAAAUCCGGCUUCUACAGAGAUCCAACGCGACCCUUCACUGCUCCUGACUCAUGCAAACCUUGUGAAUGUCACCCACUGGGAUCCAUGCCUUUCCACUUGACCGAGAGCUCACUCUGUGACCCUACAAAUGGAAACUGCAUCUGCAAACCAGGAGUGUCAGGGGCCCAUUGUGACAGGUGCAUGGUGGGAUACUGGGGAUUCCACAAAUAUGGCUGCCGGCCCUGUGACUGUGCAGGAGACUGUGAGCCCUUCACAGGGAAUUGCAUGCUUGGGUCGGAUUUAGAAACCUACAACUCAAGUGAACCGAUGAAGAUCUUCCGAACAGACGAACUCUUCUCUGCAUUGCACUAUUCAGAAAAAUGUGAGUGCAAAGAGCAAGCUUUGACCAACAGCAAACUCUUCUGCACAAUGAAUUAUGCAUAUGUUCUUAAAGUGAAAGUGCUAUCGGCCCACGACAAGGGCUCCCAUGCAGAGGUAGAGGUCAAAGUUCAAAAGGUGCUGAAUCACAACACAAGGGUGAAAAUUCAGAAGGGUCGAGUCAUCCUUUACCCUGAAUCCUGGACAGCACGAGGCUGUACCUGCCCUAUCCUUAAUCCAGGGUUGGAGUACCUGGUAGCUGGCCACAUGGACCGUAAGCAAGAUCACCUCCUAGUCAAUAUGAAGAGCUUUGUGAAGCCCUGGAAGGCAAGCUUGGGACGGAAAGUCCUCUCACUACUCAAAAAAGACUGCAAUUGGUAGACAUGCAAUGGAAACUGACAAUAUUUUCACUUCAAACUAAUAGUCACCUAUUUGUGGAUUUAUGAAACAGUGUGUAGUGUGUGUUUCUAUCAGUUCAAACACUAUUCAAGGUGAUGGUAGAAUCCACCCUGGGUUUCAUUUUACCAUGAACAACCCUUAUGAGUAUAAAACGCUGUGUACAUAUUUACUUUAGCAUUUGGUACCGUCUACACUACAGCUCUGUAAAUUAAGACCUGUGCUUAUUUUGCCUUUUGCUUACAAAAAAUCAGGUCUUUUUCUCUAAAGCACUUUACCAUAAGAUUGGAAAUGGACGCACAAGUGAAAAGGCCUAAUCACAACAUUUUUAUAGUGUAUAUAUGUAUAGACUGAACAAGCCAUACAAGCCACUGCAGGUGGUUAAUUCUUAGCCAGUCCAGGUGUGCUUGUGUUGUAAUCAAUGUGAAUGGGUAAUACCUGAGCAUGAAUGUAUUUGUCUGCCUGUAUUGUGAAUGUGUGUAUGUGUGGGGAAAUAUAACUCAAGCAAGUAGAGGUAAAACGGCUAUGUAUGGUCAUGAAUGCUGCCCUGAUUCUAUCCAGUUUUAGUCAAAAUUAUGUAUACUACAAAUCAACUCUUUUUAUUCAUUUCAUUAUGACACUCUUGCUGAACUUUGUAUUAUUCUCUAUGUUAUUACUUUGUACAGCAUUGUUUUUAUCUAUAAAUGUAAUUGUGUACCUUUUAAUUUCUAGUUACUAUGUCGUCAUUCAUAAGUAUUCUAUUAGAGCAUGUUUAAAAUUGCUCUGUUAUGCAAUCCUGCUUGAUGAUACCAGUUUAAACUAUUACUCACAGUUCUAAGAAAAAUGACUCCGACUACAGCAAAGUGAAAAGACUGAAAUGUUUUUAUUGUUCGAAACAUUGUUGCUUGAACACUCCCAGAACACACAGCAUUAACAUCUGAUAGCUUAGACCUUGACAUUCUUCACAUCAAUUUGACAAAAAUAUCCUUAUCACCCAGCUCUGUUCUGCACAUAUGUUUCUGUGUGGGUAUCAGCUAACAUUAAGUAAUCCAUCACCUCACCUAAAUAUUUUCUGAUAUGCUCACACAGUAUUGCCAAAUGUAGAUCAUAAUAGACGUUUUAGUGCAAGUACGUACACACUUUUGGGCUAAGGUACCUAAUGUUUUCUACAGACUUAUCGUGACGCGCUUGGCUGUGAGGUGUCGACACAUUCUUGGCGUAUCAUACACCUCUCUGUAGCAGGAAUGGUUGUAGGUCACUCACCUAUCUAACCAAAGCGAGGCAGAUGGAGAAGAAUUUGGCAAAUUAGCUAGAUAACCUCAUGUACCCAUACCUCCUCAUUUGUGGCUCAUUCGCAGAUUGGUGGCAAGGGUUACUGCUUUCCCUGUUUUAUGCCAAGUGCAGUCCAGACAACUGGGGCAGGGGUGAGCGAGUACAAAAGAUAGGGAUAGGGAAGACUGUGCUUUGAAGGCAUGGAAAAUCCUUGUUAGGUAUGGAUAUACACUAGUAAAAAGUUUGGACAUACCUUUUCAUAGAACUACUUUCCAAAUUGCAGAUACAUAAUGAAGACUGAUCAAAUAUAUGAAGCAAACUGUAUAGAAUUAUGCAUCAAAGAAAAAAAAAAAUCUCUAAAUGUUUUAUAUUUUAGACUCCACAGAGUAGCCACCCUUUGCUUUGCUGACAGUGCUGCAAGUCUGCAAUACAAAAUACUGCAGUGCCUUCUCUUGCUGAGUUUCAUCACUUCAAAUGUGCAAUGUAAAGGGUGACUACAUUUCAUAUCUGAUGCCUUCACUGAGAACCCACAAUGUAAAUAGCCAUGAAAAUAAAUAAAACGUAAAUGAAAAAGUGUGUCCUAACUUUUCAGUAACUUUUGACAGGUAGUGUAUGUUUUAUGGUGGGAAUUGGCCUUGGAGGGUAGACUCAACAGGCAGGCACAAACAUUUGCAUUACAGCUGAGUUGGGACCCUCCUCUUUCUCUCACGCAUACACUUGUUCUGUAGCCUAUUCUCCCAUUGUCCCCCAUAUUGACUGGCCAUUCUCGGUGUGUGAUGGAGAUGUCCAGUGGGGGUUGUAAGUUAUGGGAAAACUGGUUGGUGAAUGAGUGCAUGGUUUCACAGAUGCACUCCUGUAUAGAUUAUUACUAUUGUAGUAAAAAUGAGUGUCUGUAAGAGACCCUGUAUGAACACAAUGCCCCACUUGUGCUGCUAUAGAACUGAGUUAUGGCCUUUGUCCUAUCAGCAUUCUUGUGCUAUUGGGCCCAGAGUGUAUAGAAGCUCCUGCUGGUUAUGGGACAAUAACCCCUCCACUGUCCCCUCUUCUCAAUGGGAGUCACAAUGCCCCUCUUCUGCAGCACCCAUCAAGCCAUCACAUAUCAAUAUGCACCCAAAGGUCAACGGAGGUAAAAACAUAGUUAUGAUGAGUAUUUGUGGUCAUAUUGAUGGAAGGAACUUUGUAAAUUACCUUCUGCUAUUAAAAAAAAAAAAGUAUUCAAGUGUUAUGCAGGUCACAGAUGCUAUUAUAAUAGUUACUG